UUCUCAAAUGGCAUCUCCACUCUUAGUUGUGUUACAGGCACUAAACACAAGCAUAUCUGCCACACUCUUCUUGGUCUUAUUAUUGAUCUACCCCUACAUAAUGGAUAUUCACUUGCUCAUCUGGUCCAGAGUAUCCAUGCCUUGCUUGACUUCAUUUACAUGGCACAAUUUCCUUUACAUACCACUCAAACACUCCAAUAUAUAAACAAGGCACUAAAACAUUUUAACAUCCCAAAAAUUCACUCACUGCACUAUUACACUUCUUAUAUCAAGCUUUUUGGCACACCUGACAAUUAUGAUAUAGCAUAUUCUGAACAGCUUCAUAUUAACUUUACCAAGGAUGCCUAUCAUGCAAACAACAAGAAGAAUGAAUAUCCACAAAUGACA